UCGGUUCACCAAAGUAGCAAAAGAUGUCUGCUACAGGCACGGGUGCGGGCGGUUGCGGACCCGGACCGGGUAUCGGGUCCGGUGUCUCGAAUCCCAGAAAGUUUAGCGAGAAGAUAGCCUUGCACACUCAGCGACAAGCUGAAGAGACAGCCGCCUUUCGAGAGGUUAUGAUGGAUAUCACAUCGACCCGGCUACAGGCCCAGAAAGUACGUUUGGCUAGAAGCCAGGGACCGUAUUAUGGAGGCUCUUUGCCCAACGUCAACCAGAUUGGGAGAAACACUUCUGAUGUCCAGGGAGCGCUCCACUCCGCCCUGGAGUCGGGUCGGUCCACGCGGCACCACGGGCUGGUGGAGCGGGUCCAGAGGGACCGGAGGUUCGUGUCCCCAGUACGGCCCUACAGGAGACAAAUGGAGAGCUCUCCAUAUAACUCUGCAUACCUGUCUCCACCUCCAGAUCCCAGCUGGAGAAGGAACUGGUCCAACAACUUCCCCAUGGACAAAAACCAGUCGUUCCGACUUCCCACUACUGCACUCAACAGAACAAACUCAGAUUCGGCCCUGCACACCAGCGUCAUGAACCCAAACGCCGCUGAGAGGUUCAGCGCGGGCCACAUACCCACCCCUCAGAGCAGACUCAGCGGCGUGGCUGAAGCAGAAGACCGAAAGAUGUUCCCAUACCCAGUGCCCCCAAUUGAGGAGAACAUCCUAGAGGAGGGAAAACUACUGAAGCCCUGGGACUCAAAGAAGUUACCGAUCCUUUCCUCGCGACCAAAAUCCUGUGAAGUCCCUGGUAUCAAUGUCUUCCCCUCCCCGGACCAGCAGUCUAGCAGCCCUCACAUCCCCCUGGCCCUGAACACAGGGGGCUCCCUCCCAGACCUGUCCAGCCUGCACUUCCCCUCACCCCUGCCCACCCCUCUGGACCCAGAGGAGCCGGGCUUCCCCUCCAUCAGCGGGGGCUGCAGCACCGGCAACCUGACCAACACCCUCACCCAGCUGGGCAUCACCGCCAGCAACGCCUUCCACUCUGCAGGUCUGUCUGCAGCUCUACAGGGAGCUGUCUGUAACUCCUUCCUUCAGUCGUCGCUUAGCAACCCUAACAUCAAAUCAUCUCUCGGCAGCCACUCCUACCCUACUUCCCUUAGCUCCACCUCCCUGCAUUCCUCACUCAGCAACCCCUCCCUGCAGUCCUCCCUCAGCUCCUCCCCUUCUUUACCAUCUUCUCUUAGCAACCAAUCCCUACACUCGUCCCUCAGUAACUCCUCCCUAAGUAGCCAGUCCCUCCAGUCAGCAGCCAGUAAUCCUAGUUACAGCAGUGGCGUGGGAGGGUCAGGAUCUUGCUCCUCCUACUCGCCACUUCAGCCGCCACUCAGCACGUCGCCACGGAGACGGGCUCAGCUCAGCCCACUCAUACUGCCCAUUGGUGGAGAGUCCCGACGCCACCAGUUUUCACCCACCAUCUCCCCCACACUGUCCUCCAUUACACAGGGCGUUCCUCUUGACACCAGCAAAUUGCCUAUGGACCAGAGGCUACCUCCUUAUCCCUACAGCCAACCCCAGCCUCCGCAACCUGGUCCUCCAGUGUCCCAUCAGUCCCUGCAGACUCAGGCGGGUCAGCAGAUGCAGCGGCCGCAGGCUGCGUUACACCAGCCCAACCAGCAGCAGCAGCAGCUGCACCAUCAUCCGCAUCAGCAGCGCCCGAACAUGCAUCUGCAGAACAUGCAGAACAUGCAGAACAUGCAGAACAUGCAGAACAUGCAGAACCUGCAGGGUCCAUCAAUGCAGCAUGCCCAGAGGCCCAGCCAGAACCAGAACCAGAACAAGGUUUGCAUGGACAUGCAGGGCCAGAACUCUCAGCACUUGCAGCCUCAUCUACGGGAGCAGAGUGGCCCAGAGCAGCUCCAGCACAUCAGCCAGUCUCUGGCUGCAGAUCUGGCCCUGUACAGCGACUCUUCGCUAUUGAACUCUCUGCUGGAUGACCCGUAUCUGGGCCUGCAGCUCACAACCAGGCAGAGCCAGAACCUCUCCCAGCAGUUCAACAUGGAGAACCCAGCAGAAGGUCUGCCCUUCACCCACUGCUCAGGCUCCAGGCCCCGGAUCAAGGAGGAGCCCUCUGGGGACCAGGGCCCCCUGGACUUCCACAGCAUGGGCGACCAGCAGUAUCCUAACUCCCCGAACCAGAACUGUCGAGGCGGGGGGCACCACAACGUUCCUAACAUUAUCCUGACUGGAGACUCCCCACCCGGCCUGUCCAAGGAGAUUACCAGCGUCUUGUCGGGAGUUCCAGGCUUCGAGGUGGACCCCUUUUCCCUGGACGAUCCCCUGCGGAUGGACCCCUUGGCUCUGGAGGGGCUGGGAAUGCUGGCGGAAGGGGACCUCAUGCUCGCCGAUCCUGCUGUGGAGGACUCCUUCCGCUCCGACCGGCUCAAGUGAUGAGGGCGGGAGGCGAUGGACGGGACCGGGGUGGGUUAUGGGAAAGCCUGGGUCCUCCCGCCAGGCCGCUGUAGCGUCUGUGCAGUAUGGAUGCCGGUGAAUGUUUUAAUCUGUCUGUUGGGAACAACAAUCAUUCUCGGAAGCAAGUGGCCAGUGAAAUGACUGAAAGACGGACAAGGAAAUGGGACCACAGGAGGUUUUUCAGCCGCAAAGUUUGGCCCGAGAUUUUUGUAUGCCAGCAUCAAAUUAAAUUGUCCUUGUGUCGCUUGAAAAAUAUUUAGGCCAUAUGGUAUGUGUUUAACUGCAUGUUAACAAAUGCACUUGAAACAAUGCAGAAAAUGGUCAUUAUAAGGCAUGUGAUAUUGGCUUUUUAUUUAUAAGUCUACAUGGGGUAAACAUACCACUCUGUCUGCUACGUUUAUGAUUAUACUUCUUCCUAAACCUAUCAAGUGAGGUCUGUGUUCCAGAAUGUUCUCUCGCUGCUGGAUCCUUCCAUCCAUAGCUUUACUAAAUGGAGAUUCAGAGCAAAGCAGUGGGACUGAAAGAUAAGCAAACAUGGUCUUUCCUGGACUAACAACCGGACUGGAUGACUGGAGCUCUUUGGGCAUUGUCUGCUUGGAACACCCCAGCCAUUCCUAUACAAAAUUGGUCUUCAGUGCAUGUUUUCAGGUUUUUCACCAGUAACCCCAUCUCUGACCUGUAACAAUAUUGGUCAGGCCCUUCUGACAGAUCACUGAAGCCCGUCAAUAAUGAUGAGUUUAGAUGGGUUCAAUAGCUUGUUCUUGCCAUUAUGUAUUUUUAUGUUUGUUCUUCAGGAAGCGUCCCACAAUAUAUAGAGGUUGUGAGAUGUGUGCAAAUGUAAUUGUGUAUGUUUCAGUGGAUAGCAUUGUUGGGGGUUGGUUUGUCUGUCUGUGGUGGUGUUACCUGGGGGGCCCUGUUGGGUAAUCCCAGCUACUGUGACCUGCUCCCCUGCUCUUUCAUUUAUGUGUAUUUUGCACUUGGGUAUUCCAGACUGAAGGCCAUGAAGAGAUAGUGUAACAUUUUUAUGUAACAAAAUGGUAAUUAUUAUUAAAAUCUAUAUUUUUUAACAAAGUUGGAUAUAUAUACACAGUAUAUAUGUAGUGAUAGAUGCAAAGGAAGAAAAGCCUAAUAACUGUUGCGUGUAAUAUCUACACAACAAAGCAACUGCCUUCGAAACAGAGGUUUCUUUUGUGGUAUUUAAAGCAGCUGGUUUGAGCGGCUGCAUCUGCUAUGUCAAUUCUCAGCUGUGUGUGUUGUAUGAGCAACUGUUUUGUGAUGGUCUUUUAUUGUUGUGACACAGUGCCAGAGUAGGCAUUUUCAGUGCUGUCACGUCCCCAAGGUUCAGUGGAAUUGUCUAAGACGAGCUGUCGGGGGGGAUUGUACUUUCAGACUGCAUGACCUCACCACUAAAGCAGUGAAUGCGAGUUUUAAAGCCAUUCCUUUCGUUCCAUGUUUUCUGCCUCUGGAAUAUAUUACAAUGUGCACGUGGAAAACCUUGGCAUUCAAUUGAAAUAUCACACAGUGGCAUAGAGAUGUAUUCAAUUUCUUGUCAUGUAGAAAAGGGAUGAGAAUGGGCUUUGGCCCUUCAUAUUCGGUGGAACAGUUGACACUUGUGCAAAAACGCAAUCCUGCCAUUCCAUCUGUAUAAGCUAUUCUAAUCGUAGCAUGCCAUAUUUUGUUCCGCAUCCAUCAGUCAAAGUCAGAUUGAAUAAACCUGGUUUAGUGCAGAGAUUAAUGGACACCUUUAAUUACUUUCAUACAAUGCCUGUAACUUGGGUAGUCUUUGACCGGGAACUGUGUACUCUAUCUGAUGAUUGGCUAUAAUGUGUGGGAAAACAAUGGCAAAAGCAGUAGUACCGAAGGCAUUUGAGUGCCAGUUGAUUUCCACUGUUUGUAGCCCAUCAUCCUUUCCCCUAUCUCCCAAAACUGCCAUCACCAUUGUGUUCUUCAUAAUUUCAUGUAAAAAAACAGUAUUGCCCCAUGACCCCUGCAUAUCCCUGUGUCGCUGCCUACUGUGUAGGCAAAUGUUCUGGCAAAUAAUGAGUUUAUGUCGUUUAUGUAAUCACUGUGUGUAUGGAGCCUGCAGAGAAAGAUCUGAAUAAUAGAUUCAGCUGUUUGAGAGAAUACAGAUGUGGUAGAAAGGGUCAGGUGGCCUGUGUGUAGGAGGCAAAGUGCCCUGCAGUUAUUUGGAAGAGGUUAGCAAGAGGUUAAUGUGAGAAUUCUGAAUUUAAAAGCUGACCGAUCACUGAAAAUGGUUUUAAAUCGAGUGGAAAUGUCCUGAAUUGUCUGCAUUGCUAACUGCUUGACAUUGUCCAGUUUCUCCCAUGUUGCACACUGUGAGUUUUUAUUUUGCUUGUUAUUUAAAUCCUAACCGCUCUCCCAAUCUUGAAUAUAAUAAAUGUACUAAACCUGGGAGGAUUAGAUUAACAUAAAUCUGUCUGGCCAAAUACAGUUGCACUGUGUAGGUAGCUUGUAUUAUCCCUUUUCAAGUGUUCAUAGUCAACCUUUUGCAGGACUGGAGGAAUACGGCAUGUUACAGAAACAAAGUUGUGAGGAAUGACCGCAGUGUGAAAAGCAGGGAAGGGGCAGAGGGGAAUAUGAAGUACUAAAUGAUGUAGGGUUCAGUGCAGGCUGCUGGCCCCAUGCCGUGACUAUAUUGUAGCUGAUGUGAAAUGUACCCUGAGUGCAGAGGUUUCUCAGUACACUUUUAUUAUGCACUUUCCCAUGCUAUUUACUGAAGGAUGACAUUCUGCGCCACAAGAUCCAAACUUCUGACCAAAUAGUCAGUUUGCCACAGAUGAAAAAUAACCAUACUACUUUACAUGAUUCUUGCUUGUUUAUUCUGUGAUUGUGUUGAAUGCCAAAGACCUGCUAAUGUCAAAGUGCAGGUUUUCCAUGGCAUUGUCAUUUGCGGGAGUCGCACACUGCCAAUUUAGGACCCCAAAUAACCUGAAUGAUUUAGUUACUGAUUAAAAAUGAGUCUUCAAUGGCAUUAACUAUCACCCUUGAAAUGGGCCAUUGUGUCUUCUGUAAAGUUGGUGCGAUAUUAGAUUCUGGUGAAUUGGAACAAGUGGCGUAUAAAUGUAUGUGAAGACAUGAGACUAUGUGAAGAUACGAGAGCAUCCAACAGUUUAGGUUUAAAUCCCCAAUAACUCCUUAGUCCUGAAAGGGUCUUAGGGAUAUGCAGUGAUUUAAUUAUUUCACCCUGAACUAGUGACAUUGAAUUUCAGUACCUAUUCUCUGCCAAUAGAGGUAGCUGUUGAGCAGCAAAAAAAAUGUGAUUCACAGUCAUGGUAAGACAAUGGCCAUAUUUUCUUUUUUUUUUACUGACGUUACUAUUAAUUGCUGUAAUUGUUAUUUUGUAUUGUUUGCUUAUGUAUUUUGUUUCCUUUGUGAUUGGAUAAGGAAAUAUCAAAAAUGCUUCUGUGAAAAAUAUUUUUUUGGUUUGUUAAUUUUUGAAUUUUAAUAACCAGGGAAAUGAUAUCUGUUGUAUAUAAUAAUCUUGAAACAUAGGUGCUUCUUAAACCUAACAAAUGUUUUUGUUUUUUUAAGUAAAGACUGUAUAUUCACAUUAUUUUACAAGAAAAAAAUAAAUUUGAUGAAAGGGGUAUGCAUGGA